UCAAAUUUUUUCUCUAUGCAACGAAUGUUCCUGCCUAAAUUUGAAGUAGUUUUGUGAUUAGUAUUUAUGUAACUAGUUUUUAAGAGCGUGUCAAAAUGUUUUCCUCAAUUUCUAAAAAUAUUCCCCGAAGAUGUUUUUCGACAACGAAAUUACUUUCUGCUCAACAAAUGACAGUACGCGAAGCUUUAAAUUCUGCACUAGACGAAGAAAUGGCAAAAGAUGAGAGGGUUUUUUUACUUGGCGAAGAAGUUGCACAAUAUGACGGGGCUUACAAAGUGUCUAGGGGUUUGUGGAAAAAGUACGGCGAUAAAAGAGUUAUUGACACCCCCAUUACAGAGAUGGGCUUUGCUGGUAUUGCUGUAGGAGCUGCUAUGGCAGGACUGAGACCCAUCUGUGAAUUUAUGACAUUUAAUUUUUCAAUGCAAGCUAUUGAUCAGGUUAUAAAUUCCGCUGCCAAGACAUUCUAUAUGUCAGCAGGAACUGUGAACGUUCCAAUUGUUUUUCGGGGACCAAAUGGUGCAGCAGCUGGUGUUGCAGCUCAACAUUCUCAAUGUUUUGGCGCUUGGUAUGCCCAUUGUCCAGGUCUGAAGGUGCUAUCUCCAUAUGAUUCGGAGGAUUGUAAAGGCCUCCUAAAAGCUGCCAUCAGAGAUGCUGAUCCUGUAGUUUUUUUGGAAAACGAAAUUCUGUAUGGACAAGCUUUUCCUGUAUCUGAUCAAGCCUUAUCUAGUGAUUUUGUUUUACCUAUUGGAAAAGCAAAAAUAAUGCGGUCAGGUGACCAUAUAACACUUGUUGCUCAUUCCAGAGCUGUAGAAACUGCUCUUCAAGCAGCUAAUGAACUUUCUUCGAAAGGAAUCGAAUGUGAAGUCAUAAACCUACGAUCUUUGAGGCCUUUAGAUGUUGACACUAUCACUUCAUCUGUAAAGAAAACUAAUCAUUUAAUAACUAUUGAACAUGGAUGGCCACAGUGCGGAAUCGGUUCAGAAAUUUGUGCUAGAAUAAUGGAAAGUGAAACAUUCUUCCAUUUAGACGCUCCAGUGAUGAGGGUGACUGGGGUUGAUAUUCCCAUGCCUUAUGCUAAAAGUUUAGAAAUUGCUUCCAUACCUAAACCUUUAGAUGUUGUUGAAGCAGUUCAAAGAGUACUCUCGCACAAAUAAUAUUUAAUAUUUUAGUGCCCUUAGUGUAAAAAAAUGAUAUAAAAAUUUAUACAGAUCGAAUCUGUUAAGUGUAUAUAUAUAUUUAUUAAAUUUUAACAUUACUCCUUCAAUGCAUUUAAAGUUGUAUUAUAACUCAUAUUUU